AUGCCAGAAGAAAAAUUACAAAAGUUACAAGACUCAGGUCUUGUUGAAUGGUCAGUUUUCAGUGAGAUAGUAGCCAUGGAUGAAGAUGAAGAAGGAUUUUCUCAUUCAUUAUUUGAAACAUUUGUAAGUCAAGUUGAAGAUACUUUUGAAGAAAUUGAUCAAUAUUUGAAAGAAAAAAAUUUAGAAAAAUUAUCAUCGUCGGGUCAUUUCUUGAAAGGUUCAGCUGCUGCUUUAGGUUUAGCUAAAAUUGCAAAUGAAUGUGAAAGAAUUCAAAAUUAUGGUCAUAAAAUCAAUUUUGAUAAUUUCCAAUUGAAGGAUACACAGAGUGCAAAUUCAGAUACUACGGCGAAAUCAGGUAUUGAUAAUGGAAAUGAAAUCAAUGAUAAAACAGUAGUUAAUAACGAUUCUACUAAUAACAAUACAGAGAUCAAUGAUGAUGAAAAAACUAAUGAUACCAUACCCGACGAGUCGAGUGAUGAUUUUUGGAUAGCUUUAAUUCAAGAUGCAUUAUCCAAAGCCAGAGAUCUUUUUGUUAAAUCUAGAGAAGCAUUAGAAGAAUAUUAUGAUUGA